UACACCUCCAUCAGUAUACGUAGCGAGGGUCCUGACACUCUGCUGAUUUCCCCUUGUGCUGAAAGAUCAGGAUUGCCGCACACAAACCAGAAGGGUAAAGACAUAGCUGCCUCUAUAUCCAUACUCCACCCAAUCCAUCUAAUCCCCCUUAACCAAGAAAGCCAAAGAGUGCAAAUAUCUCAGAAACAAAACCAGUGGAGCAGUUAUUCCUCGAUCUCCCUAUCCAAAAAGCCCUCAACAGGAAUGGUGGAAUGCAGGUAGUUGAGUCCUGGGCUAGCAUGUACAUUGACGCCAUACGUGAUGGAAGGUUUGAUGAUGCUGUGUGGGUACGCUAUCAUAUUAGUGGAGAUGUGGAAAAUGGCAUUGUCAAAGGCUCAAGUAAUAUGACUGUGCUCAAUGUCAUCGAAGAAGAUGCGUUGGAAUACAGGGUGAAUGAACCAGAAUAUGCCAAGGCUUUGUCAUUCUAUGCGAAAACUAGCAGUGCAGAUGGGCAUGCUAAUGUGAUAGAGAUUAUCAGCAAUCUCACAGAGAGAGAGAUUGCUCAGAUGAGGGCUAAAAUUGAGGCUGAACUUACAGAUGAACCUGAGGAACAAAUGUGAGCUCAUUAAUAGCCACCUGAGGGUCAAAAUUUCAGGGUACGGGUUCAGGACGGCCAAGAAACGGAUUCAGAAACAGAUAUUUAUUGGAUUGAACACGCAGACAGGCAGACUGCAGGUAGAGCUAUAGUACAGGCAGGUCAACAAGGCGUAGCUCAAAGAGCUACAACAGAAUCAAAACAGAAAUUGGAGAUAUCCC